AACGUAAACAACCUAACAUUUUGUGUGUGGUGGCAUCGUCGUGAGGACGCGAUUCACUUUGGCGAAUUUAGUACCAGAGCAGUUUUGGCGGUUUUACACUUGGUAUCACUGUAUCAUCCAACAAUUAUACCUCCUCUAUCUGUUCACGCAGGAGACUGGAGUAGUAUUCGCAAGUUCGGACAGGGUGCGAAGAUAUUAGGGUGGUGGAGCUUACGAUGGCACUUGUAAAGACUGAGCUCUCGAAGGAACUCGUUGUGAACGUCUUGCAGCAAGAGGACGGGAAGGAAGGCGAAACCGUGCAAAUACGGAUCGAAUCUAACACCAUGGGGAGCGAAGUCGAUCUGGAAGAAGAAAAUCCAACUGUAGAUGAAGUUGAAGAAGUUCAUGAGAACGUAGUGAUGGCAGAUAUGGCUUACGACGAGCGCUUUUCGGAAAUCGAAGAAGUAAAGCCUGCGCCAACUCAGUCGCGCUAUCACAAGUACCGACAGCGCUGGAGAAACAGUUGGCUGGAAAUCCAAGAGUUCCAAGGAUGGCUCACCAGGAACGAGCAAACUCGCAAUGCUCAUUGUCUGAUGUGUAAGAGAGACAUUAGGGGCUCCUUGACGAUGAUCCGUCGACAUGCCCAGACAGGGAAGCACGUGGACAACGUCACGAAUUACGGAGCGGUGGUUGUGCGACAGACCGCGAAGAUGGCACCCCAAAAUUACAGGUACGUUGCGGACGGCAACGUAGCGAGCAGUCACGGCGAACAGGUCAUUCUAGUUUCUCCGAUGGAAGGGGGCCAAACCGGGACUGUCUUCGUGAACCAGGAAGAUACUAAUGUUGACGGAGAGGCGUUCAAUGGAGUCAUCGGGGAAGAUGAGUACGCGCCCGUGGAUUCAGGAGAGGUCUACGCGACAAUACAAAGGACAGAACGUUUCUCUGCGAGCCACCGGUUGCAUUCCUCAGAACUGAGUGCAUUCAAAAACCAGGAAAUUUACGGGAAAUGUAACCACAUAAAUGGCCACGGUCAUAAUUAUAAGAUGAUCGUUGCCUUGACCGGCCCUAUAGACAAAACCACUGGCAUGGUGAUGAACUUGGCCGAGUUGAAACGUGUCAUCCAGUCCAACGUACUCGAUCUCGUGGAUCAUAAAAACCUUGAUCAAGACGUACCCUAUUUCCGAAACGUAGUCAGUACUGUCGAAAACAUAGCCGUUUUCGUGUGGCGUCAAUUGAGGCCCGUAAUCGACCAGAAGCUCCACAUCCGAGUCACUGUGCAUGAAACCGACAAAAACACAGCAACGUUCCCAGCGACUAUAUAG